AUGCACGGCACUCCGAACAAGGGCGCUACCGCUACCAGUCAUCCCGAGUCCGAAGAACGAUGUUUGAUGGAGAUCUCGACGAGUCCAACCGGGUGGAGGCAGUGGAGAGUCGACGGAGGUGAAAUCGCUGCUCACGGGGCCUCGACGGACUCUCAGCAACUCCGUGUUAGAGAGUCGGCGAGUCCGCAACAUCUCCCCAUGAGCUCCACUGCACGGGCUCCCAUUGGCACGCUACUUAAGCAAGGUCCAAUCUCAAACCGCCAGUCGUCCACCAGGCCAGCGAUGACAAGGAUCGGCGCCAUCUCGGCUCAGCUGCACCUGGCUGGCUGGCGCUUGUUGCUUCACGGCUUGUCCUGGGGUGUUUCAGCGCUGGCCAGUCACAUCCGCCCAGCGUGUCCCGCAACCGGAUGGCGCCGUGCCUCGACCCCGUCGACCUGUCGCAUGUCGCAUGUCAGUUUACUGAUGAUGGCCAAAUGGAGGCCCACUUCGGGGUUCCUCUCUAGGAACCCGAUUCUAUCCAUGGCCAACGAAGUGCACCCUACUCUGUACGUCCUGACCGAAGGUUCGGUUCGUGACAAGGCCAUCCCCGUCCCUUUCAUCCCCUUCAGAUCGGCGAUGGGAUAA